GGGGUUGAGCCAGGGAGGAGCAUUGUGGGGUCUGACCUUUGGGAACUGGAAAGAAUGAAGAAUUUGUAGAAGGCUGCAGUGUCACAUCCCUUCCUCUUCCUCUUCUUGUGUACAUCAUCAUGUGGUGCUGUUUUGAUUGGGUGUCUCUCCCUCCAUAUUCACUUUGUUUGCCUUCCCUUUUCUCUUUUGCUAUUCCACCUAUCUCUAACUCCUUGGCCUGUUUUCAUUCAAAUAUCACAGAUAAUCCAUUUGUGGAUUAGGCCUGAAUGCAGACUCUUGCUAUUCCAGUUAAUUCGUGCACAGUUUGAAUAGGAGAGAGGUAUGGAAGCGGGAAGAUUUUGGGGCAACUAUGAAAAAGAUGUUGAGGGUUCAGGAAGGGAAGAUCAGCUGUGGAUGUGGUACUCAUCCUCACUGCAGGAUGGAGCAUAGUCAUCAGCAGUGGAAAAGUGUUUGUCAUCACCCUGGGCAUCACUGGUGCCUCUGACAGGGUGUGGCACUGUGGCAUAGUGGCUAGGCUUAUGAACCUUGGUGUGUGUGUGACAGGCUGUUGCUGCAUAAGGCACCACACACUCACACACACCAUUCACACUCACACACAACCCCUGGUGUAAAGGAACAGUGUUGUGGACUACCCUGCUACACCCAAGGAGUGUGUUGUAAGAGAGAGAGAUGGACUGAGAAACCAGGAAAGGACUGUCUCUGUCUCACCACCACCACCACUGCCACUGAGGAGCCACCAUGGUUGUAAGCCGGAGCUUCAUUCUAACCUUAGGGACGGGAAUGUUCUGCGGUUUCCUAUCCUUCUAUCUUCUAAACAGCACAGUAACAGUCCACCCUCGGUAUAUUGAGGGCAUUAGCCCGCCACAAAGCAUUUACAGCCACCCACACAGCCAUGAGGACCUGGAGAAUGCUGCCGGGCCAGAGGGAAACGUGGCCAUGCACUCACAUUCCGAGCCUCACCAUGCAGGGGAGGACCUUGAGGCGGAACAGCUCAAGGCCAAGGUGCGAGUGCUGUGCUGGGUGAUGACCAACCCAAAGAACCAUGAGAAGAAGGCCAGACACAUCAAGGCCACCUGGGCAAGGCGCUGCAAUAAACUAGUCUUCAUUAGCAGUGUGGAAGAUAAAGAGCUAGGAACUGUGGCUGUCAAUGUGGGAGAAGGGAGGAACCACCUGUGGGAGAAGACCAAAGCUGCAUUCUCGUACGUUUACACCAACCACUAUAAUGAUGCCGACUGGUUCCUCAAGGCUGACGACGACACGUAUGUUAUUGUGGAGAACCUACGCUACAUGCUGAGUCCCUACGAUGCCAGCCAUCCCCUGUGGUUUGGGUGUCGUUUCAAGAAGUACAUGAAGCAAGGGUACAUGAGUGGAGGCGCUGGCUAUGUACUGAGUCGGGAAGCACUCAGAAGAUUUGUGGAGGAAGGAAUACCCAACCCCAAGAAGUGCAGGCAAGACCACGCAGGAUCUGAGGAUGUGGAGAUUGGUAGGUCAACACUGAGGACAUGCAUAGGCAAGUGCAUGCAGAACAUCGGAGUGCAGGCCGGGGAUUCGAGGGACAGCAUGGGACGCGGCCGGUUCUUCCCCUUCAUUCCUGAACACCAUCUUGUGCCAGGCCAUAUUGGACCCAAGAACUGGUACUGGGACUGGAUCUACUACCCUUCCAAAGUUGGUCUGGAAUGCUGCUCGGACACAGCCAUCUCCUUCCACUAUGUGCUGCCCAACAAGAUGUACGAGCUGGAGUACCUGCUGUACCACCUACGUCCUUAUGGCAUCAACCAUCGCGACCCCUUCCCUCCACCACUGCCCCCAGAUGUCAGCAACAUUCCCCAGGAGGUGAUAGAGAAGUACACAAGAAACAUCACUCCUGCCAGUCCAAGUGAGGCAGAGGAAAAGUCACAAACUGAGGAGACAGUGAGAGAAGCACCAACAGGUGGCGAGGACCAGGAACUGUCAAAAGCCUCCACAGUGAUAGCAGCAGCAGACGUCAGGGCAAAACUAGUGUAGCAUUUGUGAAUCUUCAUAGAGGAUUAUUUUUCCAAGUCCUAGAGAGAGGAAGAAAGAGGAAGAAAAGGAAAGAGAGUGGCUCAUCAUAGUUAGAUAGCUAAUUACCAAAUAUUUUAGUACAAGACAUUCAUUCAUUCAUUCAUUGUGUGUGUGUUUGUCAUUGGACUUGUGUCAGUCAUUGUGCUUCUUCUGUGCUCAUUGUCAGAAAUGUGGGAAUAGAAAAAUAUGGUGCUAAGUAUGAUACUGUGUGUGUGUGUGUGUGUGUGUGUGUGUGUGUGUGUGUGUGUGUGUGUGUGUCUCACAAUGCUGGGAUUGAAGAGCCAUCCCAUUAACGUGCCAUAAAGUUUCAUUAUCAACUGCUUCUAGUCACAGAGGAAAGCCAAAUCAAUGAAGUCAAGUGACAAAUAAAGUGUGCUUUGCAGCAGUUUGAGAAUGUGUGAGAAUACUUUCAUAAGUUCUGUCUCUUCAUCUUUUCCAGGUAAACAUCUCCAAGGGAACAAUAAUAUACUUUAACUUCUUACUUCGGUGUGUGUGUGACCUUAAUAUGUCACAGUGGAGCUUAAAAAGUAUAAUACAUUCUCAUAUAAACACAAGCCACCGUUAAUUCUGAUUUAUUUUUGAACAAGUAGGGUAAAUCUUUGUCACAUUAGCCAGUUAAGUUUAUCUUCAUUUCACUUUUACAUACAAGAAUUGUAAAAUCUCUCAAACUUGGGAAUCUGCGUGUAAAACCUGUAAGAUUUUGUCCAUUAGUACUGUACAUUGCAGCGAAAACCAUUCCUUCCCUUCAUGUAAUUUCAGGCAAGCAUAUAGCACAUUGCAGGAUAGGGAACAGUCUCACUAUGAAGGGGCAGCAGGUAAACCAGUGUGUGUUGUCGGCCCUUACUAUGUCUGGGCUGCCAUGUGUAGGUAUAUAGAUAGAUAGGGCAUGGACAACUGAUGGUUAGGUGAGGUUAGAAGUAAUGUAGUACCCAGGAGACUUGUCAUUCAGUUCAGUUAAUAAUGGGAGAUGUUAUACAAAACAUUUCUUAUCUUCUUCAGGCUCUAAUACAUUCACAGUGUCAGAUAUUCUAAUCAUACAUUCCUGUUGCAUUUCAUUCCAGUAGCAGUCAGAGAGAGAGAGAGAGAGAGAGAGAGAGAGAGAGAGAGGAUAAAAGUGUCACUGUGUGUGUCUUCUCCAUGGAAACUUAAGUGUCUUUCCUCUUUUGUUCUCAUUCCAGUAUCAGCCAUACAGAGAGAGAGUGUGUGUGUGUGUGAAGGUGUGUAGGUAUGUGUUCUCCAUGAGUGCUCAAGUGUCUUUCCCCCUUUGCUCUCUUAGCUAUGAAGUUUAUUACUCUGAUGUCUUACAAGUCAUUAAUAGAACUCACUGUCACUUAUAGUUUGCAUCUUCAGCUUGGUUGAUAUAUUUCCCCGUGACAUCACAAACCUCUUUAUUAUCUGGCUUCAUCGGAUAUAUCUUUUGUAUAGGUGGAAGGGAAUAGAUCUGUAUUUGAGAGUAUUGUGGAAUUACUCCUGAGAAUCUCCCUCGUUUGGUUCUCAAAAUAAGCCCACAGGUUCUUGAUUCAGAAUGUGUAUGUGUGUGUGUGUGUGUGUGUGUGUGUGUGUGUGUGCAAGUUUAAAAAAAAAAAAAGUAGAGCAGGGAAAGGAAAGAUUUAUCAGGUGGCAGCCUUAUCUUAGGAAGCUUAUGCCUGUCAAGGUUCUUUGUGUGUGUGUGUGUGUGUGUGUGAAGGUUUAAUGUUAGAUAUAUUUUAAGAGAGAUCUGUUUAAUGCAGUUUUUUUUUUUUUUUUUUUUUUUUUUUUUUUAUGCAAAAGAGGUGAUAGAAUGGAUAUAUAAGAGUGCAUUGAGAUAGUGUUUAUUGACUAUUGUAAACUGUCUAUAGGUUUUGGGACAUUCCUAGCAUGAAGGUUUUAUCUCGGUGACCAAGUUUGAGAGAUUUUCCUUCAAUAUUCAGACUGUUGGUGCAAGUUUCAUAGCUCCAUUUUCUAUUCACGAGCAGUCAAGUAUGAUUACUAAACUACAAAUAUGAACUAAUGUGGGCAUUAUUAACAUUAUUGUGUUCUGUUUUUUGUUGAUGUUUGGUUUGUGUGUGUGUGUGUGUGUUUGAGUCAAGCUUGUAAUGUCCCCAUCUUUUAAUAACAAAGUGUCAUAUUGUCUUGCAUCUAUGUAUAUGUGUGUGUCUGUGUGUGUGUGCAUGCAAGUGUGUAUGGACACAUUCGCUUAGCGAUCUUGAAAGUGCUUGAGCUUGGUUUGCCAGUCUGUAUUUGUAAGGUAACAAUAACCCAGUGCAUUUAGGUACCAAAGAAUAAUUCCUAUUAACAGGUUGAGUUACUCUUGUAUUUUUAAAAAGGCACAGUUUUCCACCAGUACUAUGUAGUAGAGUAGCUGAGGGAAGCAGCCAUGUGUUGGGGAAGAGUCCAUUUCUGGCCAGUAUUGUAGCAGGUACUGUCAUAUGACUCCCAAGCACGUUGCUCUCCCCAUCCCCGUAUCAUUGAAGCUUAUCAGUGGUGAAUUUCGUGGCAGUUUUCAGUGGAGAUGUGAUAUUUUGUAAAACUUUUGUAUUUUUUCAUAGAUGUAGCUACAUAUGUACUAUAGAUUGUGUAUGGUUGUCACGCACAGUGUGGAUAAUAUUGUCAUGCAGUGAGACAUCUCUUGGAAAAUUUAAGAUGCUUUGGGGUUCUUGUUAAAACUGUUCUCUAAGGCCAGGGAUGAUUGGUGAGGCUCUCAUGAGUGUUUUCUCCCAGUGAUAGUGCAGAAUCCUUUUUAAUCUAUCUCUAGAAUCAAACACUCCUGAGAACCUCAAUAACUUCCACUAGAGUCUGCUGAAAGUUGUUGAGCUCUCGUUCAAACUAUUCUCAAAGGCCACACACGUGAUUGGUCUUUUUCUCAUUGUCUCGUCUCAGUUGAUAGUGCAGAAUUCCAGUAAACUAUCUCAAACACCACAGAGAAGCUCAUUAACUUCCAUGAGAGCCUGCUGAAAGUUGAGACGAGAUCCUGAUAUGUUUGGGAAUGUGAACAGGUGUGAUAUGUGUUGUUUUGGGGACUCUUGUGUACAGAGGAGGAGUAAGAUCCAUCAGACAGUGAGUUCCUCUCCUCCUUUGAAAUUUUUUAGUGCAAUCUACAUCCCCAUUCUUUGCUUCAGCAUCAUGUGUAAGACUGCUUAUUUGUUCCCAGGUUGAAUUAUCUAUGUGAUCCUGCAUCCAGCAUUCCAUUCUCAAUAUACAAAGCCUAUGUUUGUUCAUUGUGUUAUUCAUAUCUUAAUACAACAAGCCCCAUUGAUGUCCAAAUAGAAAAGAACAUAAGAAACAACUUGAAAUUGUAUGUUUUUAAUGUUAUUUCACUUGUAUGUUAUAAAUAGAAAAUUAAGGAAUUAGUUAAGAGAAAAACUACUUUAAAUAAUGUUUAUAAAGAUAUUCCACUUGUAUGUUGUAAAAAAAAUACAGCUUAAUGAGAAAAGGUUCUUAGUAUUAUGGAUACAUUUAUUUUUAGGACACUUUAGACAAUGUUUCAUUGUAUGCUGAAUGUAGGAUCAUAUAAUCAUAUAAUUAUGAAAGAGAGCUUGCAAAGGUGAUCUGAUGUUUGUUAGCUUUAUAUUUACAACAUUCAGAGCUUGUAUGGGUAAUCUGAUGUUCAUUAUCUUUAUAAUUGUGACACAGGCAGCUUACAGAGAUGUGAUAUUCAUCAAGCUUUUCAACAAUACCAGAAACA